AUGGAGAAGGACGAGUUGCUCAAGGAGCUGUCGCUCCAGGAGAAACUCGCUUAUUUUUUCUGUUCAUAUGUGCACGAGGAGGCUGUGGACCCGGAAGUAGACGGUGAUGCCGUGCGACGCUGGGAAAAGAUCAUGGUGUCGCGUCGAAAGUCCCGCGAGCGCGUGUGCAUCCUGGUGAACCAGAUGGAGAACACGUCGGCAGCCAACGUGCGCACGUUGGAUAAGAGCUACCGUGCUAGACGCGAGCUACUUCUGCUGUCUGAGGGCACGAUUCGCACUGCGGCUAGCAGUGGUGUGUCAUCGUCUGGUCGCGGGGGUGUCCAAGCCCAAGUGGAGAUUGCUAAAGCGAACAACGAGCUGCUGCAGGAGUGCGGCGCUCUCACAGUAUUCACCGAGCGUCUUCAACGCUCGAUACAUGCGUUCCGAGGCCUAAAUUUUCAGCAUUUGGACCUGGAUCAGGUGGACGUGCUCAUCAACGACCUUCAGCAGGACAUGGUGCUCGUGUAUCUUCUGAUUAUCUUCAACGCGCACAAGAAGAACGCCGUGUUCGACCGACAGCUCAUGAUGAUCGGCAUCAUGGGCCCGUCAUACUCGCUGGUGUCUAUCCUGGACUGCCUCAGCCAGCUCAAUGUGCUUCCUGGAUUCCCCAUCAAGAGAUUGCUACUGCUCUUUUACGAGUGGUUCUCUGCUGUAUUGGGCGGAUUCGACGAACUUAAUGCACUGAAACGCCUGCGUCGUGAGCAGAGUGACAUCGACCCUUCCAUUCUUAAGGACGAUGCUGAGGGCGUGCUGCACUGCAAGACGUUCAAGCCGUACAACGACACGAUUCAACUUGAUCCACAGGACCCGUACUACCUUCAAAAGAAAAAGUUCGCGAAGAAACGCGAGGGGAUCCACAAUAGAUAUCUGCACAGGGCUAACUACGAGCUGAAGUCACAGCAGUCUAGUGAUGCUGAUCUUGCAAUAAAGCCGCUCGACACACUCGAUGACGAAUGGGAAGUGCGUGUAGAGACGCUGUAUCAGCUGUUCCUGCCCUGUAUGCGCGACUACACUACGUUCCUGGGAAACCUCGUGACUCUGUCUUGUGGUAGCGCGCUCAAUGCGCGUGAUAAGAAGACGUUUUACUCGCGACGACCCUCAGGUGCUGAGCAAUACGGUAUGACCGACUUUUCUGCUCCUGGCGGCGAGACCAGCAACGAUAAUCAAUUCUGGAAGUGGAUUCUUCGCGAGAAGGCAAUUGUCCUUGACGUGUCAAACUUGAUCAUCCUGCUGAUUUACAAACACUUCCGCGCAAGUCAUGCGUGCAAGGCCGAGUACUUUAUGCAGUUUUUCUUGGAGGCCAACGUGCUGGCAACGAUGACAAAGUUCAUGAAUAAGGAUAUUGGUACGUACCUUCAGGUAUCUCGUCAAGAGUCCGAUGAAGCAAAGACUGGGUUCUAUGGGCUUGAAAAGGAGUUGGAAAAGCGCACCAUCCGCUUUGAGGAAGACAUGAACGAGUAUUCUAUUCAGUCUACAAGGACGAUCACGAGCAUUUUGCGAAUUUUGCAGAAGCUGACCAAGAGGAAACCCAACAUCAUCAAAAAUGCUCUUUGCCGAGGGCAAACAAUCGUCUGGCUAAAGCGCGUGGUAGCUUUGCAGAUCCCGUUGCCGCGACUAUAUGCUCUUAAACUCGUGAAGUCUCAAGCAAAGUAUUUAGGCCACCAGUGGGUGAAGAAGUACACGUGUUUCAGCAUGCUCACCGAGAUCUAUCUUCACGUGCGACCAGAGCUCGAUGAUGACUGGCUGCACUAUGAGGACGACGAUCUGAAUAAACCUCCGACCCAGGACUCGGUCGAGCGGCUUAUUUUUGGAGAGAUGCAAGCGUAUCAUCACAAGCACUACUUCGAUUCUCCAUUUGGAGGUGUCAAACCGCUUCCUGCUGGGGCUUCGAUGAUUUGUGAGGAUCGUAAGGAGCUAGACUCGGACUUGUUCAUCUCCGAUGGCGGACGCUUGGCGAAGAUGUACAGUGCAAUUAAGCUGGAUCCUGUCAACUUUUGCAAGCAAUACGAGAAGUGGCUUGACGCAGAGAACCUCAAGCAUGAUUCUACGGCCGAUACCGCACCGCUUCCACUUUUAUUCGAGUGA